ACUAUGGCACGCUCCAACUCACCUUGAAUCGGCGCACGGCCGCUCUCCCUGUCAUUCGGGUACGGGGCGUACGGCGAGCCAAUACACGCCCCAAAGCCUCAAUCAGCAGCCAAUCCGAUGACGGAAGAGGCGGACCUGUGGCUGCAUUCUCACACUUGGUUUCACUAUGCGCUCGUAAAACGGCUCCGUCUACUACAAACGCGGCGGUGCAGGUGCUCUGUCUCUUCGGGAGGAGGAUGCGGAUGGAAGGACGGAGGAGGGAAGGGAUGAAGGGAAGCGCCACGAGGAAAGAAAACAGGAUAUGAAAAAGGGGGCUUUUGUAAAGAGACCGUGAGGUGCAAGGUCGAAUAUGAGCGAUUGGUCGAACGGGGCACUUUGCGUGGUAAUAGCUGGUCGGCACUAGUACUAUGAUUUGGUAUGUGGCCACUCUGAUAGCAAGUGUAUUCAGCACCAGAGGAACGGCCGCUCAAGGUGCCCACGGAGUGAGAGAGGAGCCCCGGUUUGUGACGGCGCGCGCCGGUGAGAGCGUGAUCCUGGGGUGUGACGUGUCCCCUCCCCUGGACGGCCAGCAGCCCCCCUAUGUGGUGGAGUGGUUCAAGUUCGGAGUCCCUAUUCCCUUCUUUAUCAACUUCCGCUUCUACCCUCCUCAUGUGGAUCCAGAGUACACUGGUAGAGCAUCUCUGCACGGGAAGGCCUCCCUACAGAUUGACCCAGUGCGCUCCGAUGACCAAGGCUGGUACGAGUGCAGGGUCCUGAUGCUGGAGCAACAGUACGACACCUUCCACAACGGCAGCUGGGUGCACCUCACAGUCAACGCCCCACCUUCAUUUACAGCGACGCCGCCGCAGUAUGUGGAGGCGAAGGAAGGUGGAAGCACUAUGCUUAGCUGCUCUGCCCAGGGAAAUCCAAAACCGGUGAUUAGCUGGCUGAGAGAGGGGGAGGAGCUUGGGACCAAUGCAAAAUAUACGGCACAUGACGGCAGUCUAACCAUCCUUGGCAUCACUAGAGAUGACAGAGGGGCAUACACAUGCCGAGCCUACAGUGACCAGGGAGAGGUGCUCCACACUACCCGUCUGCUGGUUCAAGGGCCUCCGUACAUUGUCUCUCCACCAGAAAACGUCACAGUAAACAUAUCCCAGAAUGCACUCUUCACCUGCCAAGCGGAGGCCUAUCCUGGCAACCUGACCUACACCUGGUUCUGGGAAGAGGAUAAUGUCUACUUCAAGAAUGACCUCAAGCUCCGAGUGCGCAUUCUCAUCGACGGCACCCUUAUCAUCUUCCGGGUCAAGCCGGAGGAUGCUGGGAAAUACACCUGCAGUCCGAGCAACAGUCUCGGUAUCUCGCCCUCGGCAUCAGCCUACCUGACUGUUCAGUACCCUGCCCGAGUGAUCAGCAUGCCCCCGGUCAUCUACGUCCCCCGCAAACUGCCUGGCAUCAUCCGCUGUCCAGUGGACGCCAACCCGCCUGUGACAUCAGUGAAGUGGGAGAAAGAUGGUUAUCCCCUUAGAGUGGAGAAGUACCCUGGUUGGAGCCUGAUGCCGGACGGAAGUAUCCGAGUGGCGGAGGCCACGGAAGACUCUCUGGGCACCUACACCUGUGUGCCUUACAACGCCCUCGGUACCAUGGGCAUGUCCCCCCCUGCCACUUUGGUGCUAAAGGAUCCUCCUUACUUUAAUGUGAGACCUGGUGGGGAGUACCGUCAGGAGGCCGGCAGAGAACUUGUUAUCCCAUGUGCUGCUUCUGGAGACCCCGAUAUACCAACAAUCACCUGGAGAAAGGUGGGGAAGCCGAGCAAGAGUAAGCACAACAUCCUACCCAGUGGCAGCUUACAGUUUCUGUCUCUCAGCAAGGAGGACCACGGAGAAUGGGAGUGUGUAGCCACCAAUGUGGUCACAAGCAUCACUGCCAGCACACGUAUCCUAGUCAUCGGCACCAGCCCACACGCUCCCGGCAACAUCCAUGUAUUGGCCUCAACGACCUCUGCUAAUGUGUCCUGGGAACCAGGAUAUGAUGGCGGCUUCGAACAGACGUUCUCCGUGUGGUACGGUCCAGUGUCAAAGAGAACAGACUUUGGUCCUCAUGACUGGCAUUCGAUGCCAGUUUCUGGUGCUCCCAUCUGGUUGUUGGUGCCAGGGCUGGAGCCUGGGACAGAGUACCAGUUCAGUGUGCUGGCACAAAACAAACUGGGAACGGGCCCAUUCAGCGAAGUUGUGACAGUCAACACUGCAGGCUCUCCUCUGGGUACUCCAGAACCUCUGGUGCUUCUUACUCCACCACGGUGCCUCACAGCGAAUCGCACGCAGCACGGUGUUCUCCUCACAUGGCUCCCCCCUGCUAACCACUCCUCACCUAUCGAUCGAUAUAUCAUGGAGUUUCGCCUGGGGGAGAGGUGGGAGGUUCUGGAUGACCUGAUCCCGUCCACUGAGACUGAGCUCAUCGCCAGAGACCUGGUUCAGGAGUCCUGGUAUGAGUUUCGAGUGAUGGCUGUCAUGGAUGACCUGAUCAGUGAGAGCAGCAACGUAGUGGGAGUGUCCAGCACGGAUCCCUUCCCCCCCGCAGAGUUGCCGGAGGAGGGGCUGGCACGGCCAGUGGUGGCCGGGGUCGUGGCAACUAUCUGCUUCCUGGCAGCGGCAGUCCUGUUCAGCACUCUAGCAGCUUGCUUUGUCAAUAAGCAACACCGUCGCAAACUCAAGCGUAAACCAGAUCCUCCUUUGUCGGUGACACACUUCAGGAAAAGCAUUGAGUCACCGCCUCCUCUCACCCCCUUGCCAGGGGUAGAGCCCUGCUGGGACGAGCCUGCCAGGAGCAGUUUCUUGCCCCCACCCGCCAGCCCCCUGUUAUCAUCGGGGAAGAUAAGCCCGGAGAGCUCUCCGCCAUCUCGGCCGCGCUCUCUUUCUUCAGAUGGUUCCCACGGCCCAGGCCUCUAUGUCAGAAAGCUGCCCAGCCCUCAGAGAGAGCGCGACAAGGAGCUCUCCUUCUACAAGAAAACCAAGCGUGCCAUAGCCAGCAAGAAAUACAGUGUGUCCAAGUAUGAGGCAGAGGUCACCACGCCCAUUGAGCUGAUAAGCCGCGGCCCUGAUGGCCGCUUCACCAUGGAGAGCCCGCCUCCCCGCCGCAUCCACGGCUUCCCCUUCGCAGAAGAGUCCGACAUGUACCCCGAGUUCCGGCAGUCGGAUGAGGAGAAUGAUUUUGACCCCGGGCCUCUGCCGCCCAUCAUGCCCACGCUGCGGCCGCAGCUCUCCCCAACGUCCUCCAGCCUGGAGUCAACGCAGCCCCCUACCUACAGCCCCCGCCUACACAGGGCCAUGGAAGGUAUGAGCUUUGCAGAGGGCAGUGCACUUCACGCCUCAGGGCAGGCCCCGUGCUCCCGCUACAGGGGCUUUCCCCAGGGCCCGUUCUAUGGGUAUCUAGGCAGCCGCAUCGAAUCAGGGAUUCCACCACCAUUCUACAUGCCCGACAUCAGCCCGCGUAGCUCUGCUCUGUCCUCCCCACCAGGCACCGGUGAUGGGCCCUAUGGUUACCCAUCCAUCCCCGAGGAGAGUGGAGAGAUGGAGCACCAUCAGUACACUGCCUCUGGCCAUUCUCUGUCUCACACACACAGCCCUCCUCGCUCUCCGGAAAGCUGGCAGCCUCAUGAGCUACCCUUCCUGGGUCUAGAGGGCCCGCGGUUCAUAUACCCACCUCACCAUCCCUUACAUCCUCCCCAGGACCUCCCCGACCCACCCCCAUACCCUCCUCACUCUCUCCCCCCCAGUCGCCUGCACCUUUCUUCCCUAAAGGAUUCAACAAGCCCCGGACUCCUGCAGCUGGAGGUCCCCAUGGCUCCCCCAGGCAGAGACCGGUCGCUGGGGCCUCCGGUUAGGCGUUUAGCUAUGCAACAGGCCCAGAGUCUCGGCCAGCUCAGACACACGUCCCACGGAGUGGGUGUACCAGUGUUGCCUUACCCUGACCCGGCAGCCCGUGCAGGGAGCCCAAGCACAGCCCCAAGUAGUAGCCCUCAGUCCUGGCUCAGCCCGAGGGCGGGGCGCCGGUCGGACCCCAGCCUGCCCCCGCUAGUGCUCCAGCCCUCCCGCCUCUCUCCGCUCUCCCAAAGCCCCCUUAGCACGCAGCCGGGUUCCCCGGAUAUUCUAGUGCGGCCCCCUCCGCGCCCCAGCAUCCUCCGCACCUCUCGGUCUCUGGAGAUGCACGAGAUCACCCUGCAGCCCUCGGCCACUGUCAGUUUCUCCCGGAGGUCCUCCCUGUCCGCCUCCCCCACUCAGAGCCAAUGCGCCAGGCAACCCAGCCCCAGUUACCACGCCCACAUGUCCUAUGCCUCUACUGCCGCCAGUUACCCCUCCCAGUCUCCCUCUCCCCCUCUGGAGGGCAGGGAUGUUUUCGGGCAGAGGCCAUCCCAGAGAAGGACAGAGGAAGAGAUGCUACCCUCAGAGCCCUCUCAGCUCCAGAUAUCAGCCUCAGGGGAACCUCUAGGUGCGUCUAGGGAUCCUGCCGGGUCUGAGAGCUUACCAGCACUGCUACACCACUGUAUUACUAAAGCCAAGGGAGUGGCUGCCAACAACAACAACAACACGUCCUCCGGAAGGAGAACAGGUGUGUGUCCCUCUCAGACCCAGCAGCAAUCUCAGACACCCCAAGAGGGAGAGGACCUCCGCAGAAAGAGGAAAAGGCAAAACAAGAAGAACCCCUAUAUCUAUUUGACCUCCUUCCUGCACCGCAGGCAGUCUGAGGAGGACCAGACAGGCAUACUGGCCAGUGCAGACUCCGAGGGCCCAAAUUAUGGGACUCUUCGCUGACCCGGGGGCACACCAAGCCAUUGGACUCGACUAGACUGACCCCCCACCUCAGCCCUCUCUGCUCCACCCUGGUCCCCAGCUAAUGCAUUUCUCAUAACCUCCAUCUCCACAAGAUCGUCGGGGUUUAAGGAGCGCAAAAAAACAUCCUUUUGAAUACCCCAGUGAUGGAAAUCUUAUUUCAAGACAAGGACAACGGCUCUUCGGAGUGAUCCACCACUACUAGAAUACUACUAGAAUUUCACUUGAAAAUGCUCUGAAAAUAUGUAAUGUAUAUAAAUAGUGAAAACAAGGGAAUUAAGCUUCCUUCUGAAGUAAUCAAAAUGUGUUGGUUGAGUACGUCGCGACACGUUAAAGAUUUUUCACUCACUGGUCAUUGAGGGGUCCAUAUAUCUUUAGGUUUUUCAGUGACAUAAUGUACUGUGAAGCCUGGUGCGUCCUCGGACACGGACGUGAGUCUACCUUUCCUACAAUACAAAUAGAGUCAGUAUUAAAACACAGGGUUCUUACCACAAAAUAUACCUCAGAGUAAACGCAGAGUUGCUGUAAUUCUUGGGGUAUACUGUACGUACUUGACCUUUUUACAUAUGAAACGUAUGAACAAAAAGGUUUUUAUCACACUCUGCACUCAUUCAAACGGAUAAUAUGGCCGACCUUUAUCUGAUUAAGAAGCUUUUUCGCUCUCAGUAGUAGUAGCUGGCAUUUUGUGUUUAUUUUCACCAAUGAUCCAAUGCCAACCGUUAGAGAACUGUCUCUAGUGCUUUAAGGCUCAGUGUGUUUACACUUCUCCUUAUAGCACCAUAAGACGAUCAUUUCACGAGUGCUCCCAAAAUAAUUUGGGACUCCAGAGAUUGGACUUGUAGUGUUAGAAGAACAGGGUGAUGUUUUUUCAAGUGUACUGUUGUAUGUAUUUCAUUAUUAAGGAGUCAUUUGUGAAAUGCGGCACAUCUUAAGGUGCCUUUUUUUGCCUUUUCUCUUAUUUUUACUAACAUAAAUUGCCUUUUCCUUCGCCUUCUCAUAUUCGUCUCUUCUGGCUGGGCUUGAGUGAGGGACUCCAAUAUUAUGCGUUUUUACUUUUUCUGCCCAGGACACAUGAGAGAAAUGCAUAACUCUUGCUUUUCUUCUUAUUUAUAUUUGAAAUGUCAACCUGUGACAACUGUAAUAGUAAUAGGACCGAACCUGAAUUCCAAUACAAACAAACAAUUGAGUGAUUGAGUUUAGAAAAAAGGCAAAUAAAUCCAAUGAAUGACUUCAGUGGAAAAGUACUGUGCAUGCAAGUAUUGUCAUGCGGAAAGAACAAACCAGUAGAGUACAGAUGUUAAUGUUUGACAACAGCUGUUUGAGGAGAAUGUGAUUGCUUCAUAAAGCUGUUGACAAGCAAUGGGACAUAUCCAAAACAAUGGCCACCCUGACUGUUUAUCUUUAACAACUGUAUAUUGCUUGCUAGCUACUUCUCUGUAUUUUUGUUUAUUUUUUCGACACUAACCGAUAAUGAAUGUAUGUUUUGCGGUACAAGAAAUGAAUGUACAUGGAAUGACCCAUUACGUUGUUUAUAGCGCAGCUGCGAUUGGUAAGAUGACCAGUUGGCAUCUUGAGUCCAAAUUGUUUAACUUCUCGGUGGUAUUCCUGUAAUAACAGGUCCGCACAGGUUCUGAGACAAGCUCCCUUUCUUUUGACGGCUCCAAGAAAACACUUUUCCCCCCUUUGACUGCUAAUGCUAUUUCAAUCAAGCCCCUAAAGACAAAUCAGAUCUAUCUCCAUCUGCUUCAAACAAAUCCGACGUUUUCCUGGCUAAAUAUUUCCCUUGAAUGAAUCGACUCAAUGUCUGCUUACUGAAAUCUCUUUUGACAAGUGAGAGUGAUGUAUGAUUGCCUGAAAGUGAGCGUCAAAGUGCAUAUUCUACUUUAGAAAGUUGGUUUCAUGUAAGAUACGAGUAAAAAAAAAAAAUCUAUAUUUGUUAUGUACUCUACAUGGUAUGUAUUGUAUUUGUAAAGAUGAAUCAAACCAUGUUUUACAGGAAGCGGUUCUUGUAUGAAGAUAUGUAUGUAAAAAGACAGGGGAGGAUCCCAAGGAAACAGAAAUUAGAUUAUAUAUAAAAGUAUUUGCUUACAGUACGGUUUUUAGUGGAUAAUGUUUCUAAAACAUUUUAAGGUGCCUCAUUUGUCAUACUUUAGCAGACAUUAUUUUAUCUGAGAAGAGAAGAAACCUUAGUGUUACCGUACAAUGUAUUAUUGCCAUAGCCCGCUGGCUGCACAAGUUAAGUAGUAUUUUCUCUGAUGUAUAGUACGUGAAUGCCCAUUGGAAAAAGCUUUAGAAGCAGAAGUGUGUUGCUCUCUAUAAUAAUAUACCUGGAACAACGUAAUACUGUAUUUUGCCCGUUCAUGAGCACACAUGUAGGUUCACUCCAGAUUGUUCGCCUUCAGGUGUCCAAAGCAAAUAUACUGAAGGAAACCUUUUUUCUAAGAGUCACAGACAUGCUAUAGUCAAUAUUCAAUACGUGCUGUGGAGGAACUUGUGUUUACAUUAGUUUGAUAAAGAAAAGUGUGUUUAGGGCAUAGUUGCUUUCAACAUUACAACUUGGUGCUAUGUUUAACUUGGUGGUGCUGUAGAAUAGAGGUCUGAAGAUUAUUAUUAUUAUUUUUUCGUUUUCUGUUUCAAUAAGCAACUCUUUCGACCCUGUGUGUUUGAGCAACUAAACUAGCUCCGGUAGACACUAUAGGUCCUUAUAACAGUACCAUGAUGUGAUGACAGUGAUAGAAAAUACUGGAAAAAUAGUAUACCCUCAAAUAAUCCACAUUUGUGACAUUCAAAUGACCUGUUUUCUAUAGUGUGUUUUGCAAUGUCUGUCCGUGCUUCCAAGGUACCCUCUCUAAAGCAUAUUUGUGAUGAUAUUAAGAACAUUAAUCCGAACUAAAAGGAGAAACAUGAACCGGUUUAGAGUAGUACACAGCCACAGGACACAUGGGAGGGAAUCUGAGAGCAUUGUCAGGUCACGGCGGGAAAUUUUUCUACACACUUCCUGUAGGUCGACCAUCUUUGGUUAACAGCACUGUUUUUCAAGCACACAAUUGCCGGGGCGCGACCGUCUCACGUCACCUCACCACCUUUUGGACGGUAGAAUUCCUAGUACUGUACAGUUUGGCCAUGAGCAGUUAUCAGACCACAUUUGUAUUUAUUGUUGAUUCUCCUGGUAGAAAGGUAUUAUGAGCGCUCAUACAUCCUCCCCAUGAGUUUGAAUGAAUGGACGUUGUCUUCCGGGCUCCUUUUGCAUAUUUAACAGAAACAUGUACAGUGUUUAAGAGGGCUGCUUUGGACGUACUGUUAGUUAAUUUUUUUUAUUUUUGUCAUUUCUUAUAUUUCUUUUUCAAUUUUUCUGAUUACAGCUUUUAGUGCAUCAGUAGGUGCUGGUAGGAUGAUACUUAGAACUGAUUUGAUUUUUUAUUGUAUUAAUCUUGCAUGUAGUGACAAUACAAAAAAAGAAAGAAAAAAAAUGCCUAUUUAGCAAUCAUUCAUGGACAUCCGAGCUGGUUGUUAUUGGACGGAAAAUAGAAACAUGUAGAAUUUUCUAUGUUCUCUGUUUUUUCAUGUGUUCCAGCACUGAGAAACUAGAAUGUAUUAUUAUCGUAGGCUACAAUAAGCACUACAUUGUUGACUGUUUUUAGCUAAUUCUCAUACUCAAGCAAACCAAGUAGUGCUUAAAAAGGAAGAAAAUUUACGACAUUUCCUUUCAUUUUCAUCCACUGAACUCUUUGCUGUACAUCACCUGUUUACAUUCUGUAUCAUACGUUUAUACGUUUUUUUCCGCCUUGGUAUUUGUUAAGUUAUCUACAAUGUUCAUAUGUAAAUAUUUCAACAUAUUUUCUUUUUUCUAUUUUUUAAAUUGAUAACCUGAUGUUUCUUUUUUUCUCUGUCAAUUUUUCACACUUGUCGUUCUGUUGUCUCACUGCAUCGGGUAUUACGCUUCACUUAACUUUUGUAAGCAAUUAACUCAUUCUGUAUGGUGCUGUACCAAAGCCUUAUGUAUAAUAUUUGUAUUACUUUCUCUCUCGUUUGCCACUGCUGUCCAAUGAAUUAUGUAUCGUCCGAGAUCAUGUCUUAGUCACUCUUCAUGUUCAACUGCCAUGGAUCUCGUUGCUUUAUGUUCAACUGCCAUGGAUCUCGUCGCUUUACAGUGUGAACCGAAACCUGAACGAACUAUAAUGUAAAAACACUGGCAUGUAACCAACUGGCCUGGAUAUGUAGUGACAGUUGCCAUCAAAAGCCUUUAUAGGAGUUGAAUGCACAGGCUCACUCCUAUUGGCUCAUCAUGACGUAGACAUGGGCCUGGCACAUGAUCCUGGAUCUGUAUAUGGCAUGUCUAUGAGAAUAUGAAAGCAGUGUUGUAUUCAUGUAACCAUAUCAUUUCAAAUGCUUAGUCCCAUACAAAAUUUUCCUCUCAAAUUUUUGUAUUUUGAUAUAAUAAAAAAAUCAAAAGAGA